AUGCUCGAGGACGACAUCUAUCGAACGUCCACCCAGUACCGGCUCUGGUCGUUCACCAAGGAAUCUUUAAAUUCUAUUCGAGAAAACACCAAUUCCCUUGCGAGCGUUCGUGUUCGAGAUGCGAUCCGUCGGGCGCAAGAAGCUCGCCCCGCGACUUCGACGCCUGGAGGCAGCGAUGAACCAGAUUCAAAGACCAAUACACCCGCAGGGCCUGAGAGUGAGAUUGAGUGUUUGACGCCGGAAGACGAAUUGGAAUUGGUGCAAUAUUAUUGUGAGAAAACGCUGGAGCUCGGGGAUGAAUACAAGCCUCCGCUGCCGACGACGGUGAGGGCCACCGCUAUUCAAUAUCUGCGCCGUUUCUAUGUCACCAACUCGCCUAUGACCUAUCACCCGAAAUCAAUAAUGCCCUGUGCCCUUUUUCUUGCCACGAAAACGGACAAUUACUACAUGUCCCUGCGUUCAUUUGCGGAAAAGAUCCCUAAUACGACUGCAGAGGAUAUUAUAGCUCCAGAAUUCCUGCUUACUCAGGGCCUACGAUUCGCGUUUGACAUCCGCCACCCCUUUCGGGGCCUGGAAGGCGGAGUCAUGGAACUCACCGCCAUAGCAAAAGGCGAAGGUGCGCCUGGUCCCCAUCACCCAGAGCAAACGGCCGCAAAGCUCCAAGAAGCCAUCCAGGCCAUUCCUCCGGCAGAGGGAGCGGCACCGUCAGCCUCCAUAACGGACCGUAUCGCCUCCGCCCAUGGGAAGACAAGACAAAUCCUCAAAACCGCCGCCCAAAUGACAGAUGCCUACUUCCUUUACACACCCUCACAGAUCUGGCUUUCUGCCCUCCUCCUCGUGGACCAGCCCCUCCUGGAAUUUUACCUCGAUACAAAACUCGGCCCCGCGCCGUCUGGUUCCCCGCCAGCCAGCGCUCCAGAAUCCGCUCUAGCCAUGCUUUUCGCCCUCCGUGCAAAGCUCACGGGUGUCCUGGAGUCUUGCUCCACGCUCCUGGGGACGUAUCUAAACACCCAUGACCCCAAUGUCCCUCCAGAUCCGGCCCGCAUGAAGAACCUAAAACGCAUUGGCAAAAAACUUUACCACUGCCAAAACCCCGAGAAGUUCUCUGAGCUAAGCGCGGGUAGGACCCAGAGGAGGGAGGGUUCGGGGAGCACCACGCCAGCCCUGCUCCCUACCGCUGGCGGAGGCGAUGUGGAUGAGACUGAGGGUCCUGCUGUCAAAAAGAGGAAGUUGGAGAAGGAGGCGGAGGAGGCUGGUAAUGGUGGUAAUAAAUGA